AUGGAAGCGACAGCUCAGCGGGUUGGUGCAGACAUGAGCACUUCUGGAGGCACAGGAUUCGAGCUCAAGAGCAUGGCAUUUCCCCUGGGGAAAGGCGGCCAAACAGACGCGACGGUUUCUCAAGGGAAGACGUUUUUCUCGAACGCGGAACGAGAACCCGAAACAACCGUUGUGGAACUCGUAGAUAUCGACUUGGAGACAGGAAGUUGCGGUGAAAAUGAUGGAGGCAGUGCCAGUGGAAAAUACGCGAGAUACACAACACGCAGCAGUACAUCGGGGGGAACCGAUGAUAUCUUUUCCGAGGACGGGGAUACGAGCAGUAUCAACGGAUCAACCAUAGAAACCAACAUAAGCGUGCUAGAUGAGAAGAAGAAGACUGCGACGGCGAGUACGGCCGUCGUGAUUUUGAAAUCGUUUGUGGGCGCAGGGAUUCUGUUUCUUCCCCACGCGGUUAUGAAGGGCGGAUUGAUUUUUUCUCUCUGUCUCCUUGUUGGAAUCGUCGGCCUCGCUAUGUACUGCAUGCACUUAUUGAUCAAGUGCUGUGAGCCGGGAACAGCUGAGAGCUACGAAGAACUUGGAGAUUUAGCCCUGGGCUCAUGGGGAGGCUUGGCCAUCGAGUUCUGCGUCUUUGUUUCUCAACUGGGCUUCUGCACCAUCAACGCAGCCGUCGUCGCAGGCAACCUCCGUGAUGUGAUAUGGAGCGCCACCCAGUGUUCUACGGACUUCCAUUUGUCUGUCAAAUCUCUUAUCUGGUGUGGGGCUAUCAUCUACAUCCCGUUCAGUUUAAUCAAACACAUCAAGUAUCUCGCGCCGCUAAUGCUUGUAGGCAACCUCAGCACAGUAAUCGGGGUUGCCCUUCUGAUGGUGUGCGUCGGGAUGGAGGUAGGAUCCAACCAUGGGAUCACCGACGUCGACCUUGUCAAUACAAGCAAUUGGCCUCUUGUCCUCGGAACGAGCAUCUACUUAUGGGAAGGCGCAGGAAUGGUGUUGCCCAUCCGGAAAUCAUCCAAGAAAGCAGUUCAAGAUAAUUUCUCCAAGCUGCUGAUCGCUUGCUUGGUGGCGCUGGUAACCACAUACAUCGUGUACAGCAUCACGUGCAACUUAGCCUUCGGAAGAAACCUUGAGGUUGUGAUUCUUUCGAAUCUCCCAUCAGGCAUCCUCGGUCUCUCAGUUCAGACGAUUUUCGCAUUCGCCGUCCUGGUUACUUACCCGUUGAUGCUUUUCCCAGCAAGCACGAUUGUGGAACAGCGACUCCUGUCUAUCGUGAACGUCUCCGACCGUAUCCUUAAUUGGUUAGUAGGACCAUCCAUCCGCAUCUCUCUUGUCAUCUUGACACUUGGAUUGGCGACAGCUGGCCUUCAGCAGUUGGACAACGUGGUGGCUUUGAUUGGCGGCGUUUGCGGCGUUCCACUCUCCUUCAUCUUCCCUGUCCUUCUACACAUGAAGCUAAGAGGCGACAAGCAUAUCGCGUUGAAGCUGCUCCACUGGUUUAUUGUUCUUGGAGGCUUUGCGAUACAAGUUUUCUCCAUCACGUGGACAAUCAAAUCGUGGCAUGGUGUCGACGACUACCCCGCUCGCUGCAACGGAGCUCUAUGA